UGCAAGGCACGGCCGGGCUUUGUGCAGCGAGCCCGCGGGCGCCCCUCCCGCUCCAGUCUCGCCCCGCCCCGCCCCCCGCGACCUUUGCUGCCGGAGAGCGGAGAGCCGGCGGCCGCCUGGGACUCCGGCUAGAGCGACGCAAGGUCGGCGGCGGCGGCGGCCCGAGGGCGCCCGUGUGCCCGGUGCGCGGCAGGGACGGCCGCGAGCUCGCUGGAGGGCUCCCCGGAAUAAUCCAGAAGUCGAUUCCAUCAUGGCAGAACUCAAGGUGGACGCGCGGGCCAGCGUAGACUGGCAGAAACGCUGCCUGACUCUGGAAACCCAGCUUUUCCGGUUCCGCCUACAGGCCAGCAAGAUAAGGGAGCUGCUGGCUGACAAGAUGCAGGAGCUGGAGCAGAGGCUGCUGGAGGCAGAGCAGAGAGCAGAGAAUGCUGAGACCCAGGUGGGUGUCAUGGAAGAGAAAGUAAAACUGUCCAAUCUGAAGAAUGUGGACUCUGCGGGGAGCCUGCACCGGAAAUACCAAGAAUUGCUGAAAGCCAUAAAAGGCAAAGAUGAGCUCAUCAGCCAGCUGGAGGCUCAGCUGGAGAAGCAGAAGCAGAUGAGAGCAGAGGAAGCAAAAACUAUUCAAGAAAAAGCUACAAAGAUCAAGGAAUGGGUGACACUCAAGUUGGCAGAGCUUGAGAUGGAGAAUCAGCAUCUGAAAAGCCAUAAUCAGCACCUGGUGGAGCAGGUGGGAGCCCUUCAAGAUGCACUAGAAGCUAUUCAGAUAGCUCCUUCGUGGAAGCUGCUGGUGCCCCCCCACGGAGCUGCAGAGCAGGAUUCGGUCCCUUCAGAGCCGGGAAUCCAGCCUAUGGGCCAGAACAGUGGCUCCCAGGCCCAGGGUCUGAAGGCAGCUGUGCUUGCACCUUCCCCAGAUGCCCUGCAGAGCAAGGACUCUGUUUCUGAAGCAGCAAGCCCCUUGGAGGAUUCUAGUUCCAGCACGGUCCAUUCUGGGGAAAUGGUAGAGGCCAAGCCCCUUCAACCUCAUCUGGGAAGAGAGGGCCCUCCCCACCAGCCAUGCAUGAAGCUUCGUACCUUCAGAUGUGGUUCAGCUUCCUGGGGUGAGGGUCUGGUUACUGCCCAGAGAGGGAUGCUCCCUGGGACAAAGACCUCUGCCAGGGAAGGUGGCCCUGGCAGCAGUCUGACCCUACCAAAGGUGCGGGCUCCUGGCACCCCGCGGGACAGCAUCCAGUUGGCCAAAAGGCACCACAGCCAGCCCCAGGUGGGCCGUGGGCACUUUGACCGUGUGGUGAGCAUUGAGAUUGGGGCCUUCUCAGCCCUCCACCCCUCUGGCCUUCCUGAGCUGGAGUCCCGAGCUAGGUACCUGGAGGAACCAGAGAAGAUGGAGAUGGAGGAGCCACCCCCAGCAGGGAAGAAUGAGGAAAGAGAGAGCCCGAAGGCCCUUGGAGCUGAGCUGGAGGAAGUGGAGCUGGGUAACAAGCCACCUACACCCCCGCUGCACCAGUUUUCAUCCUGGGAGAGCCGGAUCUAUGCUGUGGCCACAUCAGGCAUGCGGCUCUCAGACGUGUCUCCCAGAAGCAAUACUGCCUGCUGCGCUUCAAGCCCUCCUGCCCUUGCUUCCCCUGGGUCUUUCUCUGGCCUGGUCUACAAGAAUGUCACUGUGCCUGUCUACACAGCACUGAAGGGGAGAGCCACGCAGAUCAGCAACAUGCCCUUUAUGGACGAGUCCUCUGGGUCCGACGAUGACUGCAGCUCUCAGGCGAGUUUCCGAAUCUCAGUUCCCUGCUCUGAGUCUAGGAAGACCAGUGGACUAGGCAGCCCCCGGGCCAUCAAGAGAGGUGUCUCCAUGUCCUCACUGAGCUCGGAGGGUGACUACGCCAUCCCCCCAGACGCCUGCUCGCUGGACAGUGACUACUCAGAGCCUGAGCACAAACUGCAGCGCACCUCAUCCUACUCCACCGACGGGCUGGGCCUGGGCGGGGAGUCACUGGAGAAGUCGGGCUACCUGCUGAAAAUGGGGAGCCGGGUGAAGACGUGGAAGAGGCGCUGGUUUGUCCUGAGACAGGGACAGAUUAUGUACUACAAGUCCCCGAGUGAUGUCAUCCGGAAACCUCAAGGCCAAGUGGAUCUGAACUCCCGCUGCCAAAUUGUUCGAGGGGAGGGUUCACAGACGUUUCAGCUCAUCUCUGAGAAGAAAACCUACUACCUGACAGCCGAUUCACCCAGCCUGCUGGAGGAGUGGAUCCGGGUACUCCAGAGCCUGCUGAAGGUGCAGGCCACCGGGCCUCCAGCUCUGCCUCGGGGUGGCACCAAGCCCACCGUGAAGGGCUGGCUGACCAAGGUAAAACAUGGCCACUCUAAGCUGGUCUGGUGCGCUCUUGUUGGAAAAACCUUCUACUACUAUCGGAGCCAUGAGGACAAGCGACCCCUGGGCUGCCUGCCUGUGCGGGACGCGCACAUAGAGGAAGUAGAUCGAUCCUGUGACUCAGACGAGGACUAUGAGGCUGGAGGAACCAGACGGUUGCUUUCCUCCCACUGCACCCUGGUGAUCCACCCUGCAGAGCACAGCCCCACCUACCUCCUCAUUGGCACCAAGCAUGAAAAGGAUACGUGGCUCUACCACCUCACAGUGGCUGCGGGUGGCAGCAGUGCCAAGGUGGGCACUGCCUAUGAGCAGCUCAUUGGAAAACUGAUGGAUGGUGAAGGAGACCCAGAUUCGCCGCUCUGGAGGCACCCCAUGCUGUGCUACAGCAAAGACGGCCUAUAUGCCUCUCUCACCACCCUGCCCUCUGAGGCCUUGCAGACGGAGGCCCUCAAGCUCUUCAAGUCCUGCCAGCUCUUCAUCAACGUGCCGGUGGAAGCUGCCUCGGUGGACUACCACGUGUCCUUGGCCCAGACCGCACUGCAGGUCUGCCUGGUUCACCCCGAGCUGCAGAGUGAGAUCUAUUGCCAACUCAUGAAGCAGACCAGCUGCCGCCCACCUCAGAAGUACUCCCUCAUGCAGUGCUGGCAGCUCCUCGCUCUGUGUGCUCCACUUUUCCUGCCUCAGCAUCACUUCCUCUGGUAUGUCAAGCAGCAGCUCCAACGCCAUGCAGAUCCCAGAAGUGAAACUGGCCAGUAUGCCACCUACUGCCAGCGGGCAGUGGAGCGGACCCUGCAGACUGGGGAGCGGGAAGCCAGGCCGUCACGCAUGGAAGUGGUGUCCAUCCUGCUGCGUAACCCCUUCCACCACUCCUUGCCCUUCAGCAUCCCCGUGCACUUUACCAACGGGACCUAUCAGGUGGUUGGUUUUGACGGCUCCUCCACGGUUGAUGAGUUCCUCCAGCGGCUGAACCAGGAGAUAGGCAUGAGAAAGCCAUCCCACUCUGGCUUUGCCCUCUUCACGGACGAUCCCUUGGGCAGGGACCUGGAGCACUGCCUGCAGGGAAGUGUCAAGAUCUGCGAUGCCAUCUCCAAGUGGGAACAAGCCAUGAAGGAGCUGCACCCCGGGAAGUCUGAGGGUGGGACACGCGUCGUGAAGCUGAUGUACAAGAACAGGCUGUACUUUCGCAGUCAAGUCAAAGGGGAGACGGACCGAGAACGGCUGCUCCUUGCCUCUCAAACUAGUAGAGAGAUAGUGGCAGGGAGGUUUCCUGUCAACAAGGAAUUGGCUCUUGAGAUGGCUGCCCUGAUGGCCCAGGUAGAAUAUGGGGACUUGGAGAAGCCUGCCCUGCCAGGCCCUGGAGGCACAUCCCCUGCCAAGGCUCAGCAUCUUCUCCAGCAGGUCCUAGACAGGUUCUACCCCAGGCGCUACAGACAUGGGGCUCCCCCUGAACAGCUGAGGCACCUGGCAGAUAUGUUGACCACAAAGUGGGCAACAUUGCAAGGCUGCUCCCCUCCUGAGUGCAUCCGCAUCUACCUGACCGUGGCCAGGAAAUGGCCUUUCUUUGGUGCUAAGCUUUUUGCUGCCCAGCCUGCCCAGCUGUCUUCCAAGGAGAAUGCUCUGGUGUGGAUUGCUGUGAAUGAGGAUGGUGUCAGCAUCCUGGACCACAACACUAUGCAAGUGCACGUCACUUACCCCUACUCUUCAGUGACAACCUUUGGUGGCUGCAGGGAUGACUUCAUGCUUGUGAUUAGAUCUAUCCCAGACAAGACCUCUGGAAAAAGCCACAUUGAGAAGUUGAUCUUCCGGAUGGCUGCUCCCAAGAUUGCAGAAGCUACCUUCAUCAUGGCCAGCUAUAUGAACCAUUGCUCUACAACUGUGAACCCACCCACCAACCCACCCGGAGCCUGCCAGCUGUGGGAAAUGGAUGGACAACAGUUCUUUUCUUCUGUUUCCUGCGCUACCAAGGGGCCAACGUUGCUGUGAAUAUUUCUCCUACCCGAUUCUCCACCACCACUAGUGCCUCUGGAUUUAGAGAUAUAUAUCCUAGGGUAUGAUACUACUGUGAUGGGUCUAACAGCCCCCCACCACUGUUGUUCUGUGAAAUGUGUAUUUUAGUGUCUGUGAAGCCUUUAUUCUCUAGGUGCCUUACAAGGUUUCAGGGCUCAACUUUUAAAAAUCUAGACCCAGUGUUAAAACCACUUAUUCCUUUUUUCAUAAGAAGAAUGACUCUGGAUGCUACCCGAUUCUAGACAUAGACAGGGAUGAUCCACUCUUACUGAGGGCAUCAGUGCUGUAAGUAAAGGCUUUCUGCACUAAUACUCUCAAGGAAGCGAAUUUUCUUUUUGGUGGGGUGGGGGACACAGUCUCACUAUGUUGCCCAGGCUGGAGUGCAAAGGCAUGAUUUCGACUCACUGCAACCUCUGCCU